AUGGAGCAAUCGCGAGGCAGCAUGGCAGCGAUGGAGCGACGCAAGACGCUGACGGAGCGGCCUAUGGAUGUGCUGUAUCUGUCGUACUUUGGCAUCCACCUGUUGGCGUCGUUGGCGAUCGAUGCGCAGUUGACCUAUCCGCCGUACUCGCAGAGCGUGUUUCCGGCGCCGCUGCGAAAGGUGCUGCAGGACUACCUGACGACAUCCAAGGAUCCGUUCCUGCUGGCUGCAGCUGCCCAGUCGUCGGCGCACGUCUGGUUCCGUGUACUGCUGGCAAGCGAGACCGUGUUCCAGAUCCCGUGCUUCAUCGUUGCCAUCUGGGGCCUGCUGAACGAUGAGAGGCGAACAUAUCCUCUUAUGGUGUGCUACGGUACUCUGGCCGCCUCGUCGACUCUGCAGUGCAUCUUCAGCGUUCUCUACGGAGACGAUGGUGCCGGACUGACCUCAGCGCAGAUUCGCGCUUUGCUACAGAACUACAUUCCCUUCUGCCUGAUCCCACUACUGCUGACGUUCGACAUGAUGCUGCGCAUUGUCGGACUUCUCGACACUCCACGUCCGGCCAAGCAGACCAGCGGCAAGGAGGAAUGA